CUCUCUCUCUCUCUCUCUCUCUCUCUCUCUCACACACACACUCUCCACCACCUCUCACUACACACACACAUCUGUGGAUUACUCUCACCCUCUCAGUGUGUGUAUGUGUGUGUGUGUGAGUCUGGGUGUGUGAGGAGGAUUCAACACCUGUACAGGUCCAGCAUCAGGAGAUCAAGGCUGCAUGGAGGAUGAAGAGCGUGUGAUAGUGAGAGUGUGUGAGUGUGUGUGACAGCUGGAGAAGGUUCUACUGUACAUUCAGCGUUGAUCACCCAGAUUGAUGAUCAUCGAGGCCUGACGAGUAGUAAAGUAGUUUUGAGCUGAGGGAAACAUGAAGGCGCAAUUUUGGUGCAGGAUCUCGCUGGUCCUGACCAUUCUGGCCUUGACCUUGGACGACAAAGGGGUCGAGGGUCAGAGGGCUGGUUGUAAGAAUGUCCACUAUGACCUGGUGUUCAUCCUCGACACCUCAUCCAGUGUUGGCAAGGAUAACUUCGAGAAGAUCCGACAGUGGGUUGCCAAUCUGGUGGAGUCGUUUGACGUCGGUGAGGAUAAGACUCGAGUGGCAGUGGUGCGUUACAGUGACCGUCCUACCACCGAGUUCAACUUGGCUCGGUACAAAACCCUAGAGGAAGUCAAAAGGGCAGCCAGGAACAUCCGCUACCUGGGUGGCAACACCAAAACGGGAGAUGCUAUCAGCUACACCACUGCUAACAUCUUCACCGUACAGGCAGGAGCCAGACCUGCUGCAAGGGGUAUCCAAAAAGUUGCAAUUUUGCUAACAGACGGUCGGAGUCAGGAUUACGUUCUGGAGCCUUCCAUUGCAGCGGCCAGGGCUGGGAUCAGGAUGUUUGCUGUGGGAAUCGGCGAGGCACUGAAAGAGGAGUUAGAGGAGAUCGGGGCCGAGCCAAAAAACGCCCACGUCUUCCACGUGACAGAUUUCGAUGCCAUCGACCGAAUCCGAGGCAGGCUGAGGAGGAGACUCUGUGAGAAUGUGUUGUGCCCGAACAUGAAGGUGCAAGCGGAACGUUUCAAGCCCAACAGCACGAGUGCUGGACUACAGGAAGUUCCAGGCUUCGACCUGAUGGAGUACUUUAAUGUGAGAGAUGUUCUGGGAGAAAAGUCUGAACCUGGUCACAGCUCCUACGUCAGACUGGGGACCAUGCCGAUAGUGCAGCAGACUGAGAAUGUGUUUCCACAAGGUCUUCCAGAUGAAUACGCCUUCGUCACCACGUUCAAAUUCAGGAAGACGUCUAGGAGGGAGGACUGGUACCUGUGGCAGGUGUAUGACAAGUACGGCAUCCCUCAGGUUUCUAUCCGUCUGGAUGGAGAGAAUAAAGCGGUGGAGUACAACGCGGUGGGUCUGACCAAAGACGCGGUCCGAGCUGUGUUCCGAAGCCCUGAUGUGGAAAACCUGUUCGACAGAAACUGGCACAAGAUCGGCCUGGGCGUCUACGCCAAAUCCGUCUCACUCUAUCUGGACUGCAAACACAUCCAGACGUUGCCGAUCGAGGACCGUGAGGACAUUGACAUCCAGGGCAAAACCGUGAUUGGCAAGAGACUCUAUGACAGCGUCCCCAUCGACUUCGACCUUCAGAGGAUGGUAAUCUACUGCGACUCUAAGCAGGCAGAGCAGGAGACAUGCUGUGACCUACCUGGUGGUCCUUGCCCUAAGCAGGUGGUCACUGAACCGACUCCGGUUUUAAUCCCGACUCCGACUCCUACAAGUGGAGAGCAGAAGAGUGGAGAACACACUGUUAACUGUUCCUGCACUGCAGGGGAGCGGGGUGAGACAGGUCUGCCCGGUGCUCAAGGCCCUAAGGGUGAAAAGGGAGAUCCAGGUCUUCAUGGUUCUCCAGGACCUCAUGGACCCAAAGGCCAGAAAGGAGACCCUGGCAAGGCUCUCUCUGUUAAAGGUGAUAGAGGCGAGAAGGGGGACAGCGGAGAGCAGGGACAUCCUGGGGUCCCGGGUAACAAGGGAGAGAAGGGAGCUGAGGGACUCCAUGGACUCGCUGGGAAACCAGGAGACAAAGGAGAACAGGGUGUAGGGGGUUCUCCUGGAGCUCCCGGGUUACCUGGACAGCUCGGACCACAGGGUAUCCCAGGUGAUGUGGGACACCCCGGACAGCCUGGACCCAAAGGUGUUUCUGGUGAUCCGGGUAAAAAAGGAGAAAAGGGAACAUCAGGAGAAAGGGGUCUCCCAGGGUUAGAUGGUAUUCCUGGAAAACAUGGAGUUCCAGGAAAAGAUGGUUUGAGGGGUUUGAGUGGUGCUCCUGGUACACAAGGAGUCAGAGGAGAAAAGGGUGAGAGAGGUCCUGCUGGUAUACCUGGAGAUGUGGUGCAAAUGGCAGGACUGAAGGGAGAAAAUGGCAUACCAGGACCCCCCGGACCUCCUGGAAAAGAUGGACCUCCUGGACCGCCUGGUCCACCUGGUCCAUAUGGAGAACAGGGAAUUCCGGGAGAAAUCGGACUAAGGGGAAAGAAAGGAGAGGCAGGACUUCCUGGAGUUGAUGGACUUCCUGGACCACCGGGCCCCGCAGGCCCCCCGGGACCCCCCGGGAGUCCGGGUCAGACUGGAUUUCCUGGAUUACCGGGAGAAAUCGGACACCCUGGGAAACUCGGAGAGGCCGGAAAACCUGGUCUGCCAGGGAAGGACGGCAUUGACGGUCAACCUGGAAAUGACGGAGAUAAAGGACCUCGAGGUGAACCGGGUCUGGAUGGUUUCCCUGGAAAACCGGGUCCAAAGGGUGAUGAAGGACCUCCAGGACCCCGAGGACCACCUGGAGACCGGGGUGAGACAGGUCUCCCUGGAGAGGCUGGUGUAAUGGGACCGCGAGGAGAAAGAGGACUGCAGGGUGAGGGAGGAAAAGACGGCGAUGUCGGACCGAAAGGGGAGAAAGGAGACAAGGGGGAAAUUGGACCCAGAGGACUUCCAGGAACCCCAGGAGACGUUGCCAGUGUGAUUCCUGAGCCUGGAGAGCCAGGGAAACCUGGAGAGAAAGGAGAGAAAGGAGAACAGGGAAAACAAGGAGAGGUGGGCCCAAGAGGACUUCCUGGUGAGCAAGGCGUCAGAGGACAGCCCGGACUCCCGGGAGUUAAAGGAGACAUUGGGUCCAAAGGAGAUCCAGGCAAUAGCGGAGAACCGGGUCCACCAGGGCUGCCCGGCCUUCAGGGGCAACGGGGACUGCCCGGCAACGUGGGAAUUCCAGGCAGCAUCGGACCACCAGGAAUAGCAGGAGAGAGAGGAGAAAAGGGAGACCCCGGUAAAGAGGGUCCAAUAGGCCACCCAGGUUUGCCUGGAGAGCCUGGUCUAAGAGGUGAUCAAGGACCACCAGGGAAAGGAAAAGAUGGAGUGAAGGGGGAUGCAGGAGCACCGGGAUUGCCUGGAGUUCCAGGACUGAAGGGUCCACAAGGAAAUCCGGGAAUGCAAGGGAUGCCAGGAGACAGAGGUUCUCCGGGAGAGGGAACCGUCGGACCAGCUGGACCACCAGGACCACCUGGAUUAGUAGGAGCAAUGGGGCCAAGAGGACCACCGGGGGUCUCUGGACCUCAAGGACCUUCUGGACAUAACGGUUUACCAGGAAGACCUGGAGAUAAAGGAUCUCAGGGAGAGCCGGGUAAAGCUGCAGAUCUAUCUCAGUUAGACCUGAAGGGCGUUUGUUCAAACUGUCCACCUGGACCUGCUGGACCACCAGGAAUCUCAGGAGCUCCAGGAGAAAAAGGCCCUACUGGACCGGCAGGGAAAAACGGACAGGAUGGAUAUCCGGGUGCUCCUGGACCUGUCGGACCCCCGGGACCAGCUGGAGCUGAGGGAAGCAGGGGUGUGAAAGGUGACAAAGGCUCCCCAGGAGCUGCUGGAGAUAAAGGUGAAAAGGGACCCCCAGGGCCUCCUGGUUAUCCGGGUGUAGCUGGAACAAUGGGUCAACCUGGCAAUGAUGGCAACCAAGGACCCCCUGGCCCUCCUGGACCCCCUGGAGAAAAGGGUAAAGAGGGACUAAAAGGAAUUCAGGGGCCUCCUGGUCUACCAGGUUUAAUGGGAAUCAUGGGUAAGCCUGGGAAAGACGGUCGACCGGGAGAAGUGGGCGAGCCGGGGAAACAAGGAGAACCGGGAGCACCAGGAAGAGAUGGACUCCGAGGUCUUCCUGGGUUUAAAGGUCACAGAGGAGAGUCUGGAGAACCAGGGUCGAAGGGUGAAGAAGGGAAACAGGGUCCACCAGGACAGCAGGGUCCACCUGGGAAAGACGGCAUCAUGGGACCUUCGGGGCCUGAAGGUCACAGAGGACCGAGUGGACAAACGGGGAAACCUGGAGACCCUGGACCACAGGGGAAAUCUGGGCCACCCGGACCUCCGGGUCUUCCAGGAGGGAAGGGUGAGACAGGAAACCCGGGGCUGCCCGGAUUCGAGGGUCCAAAAGGACCUUCGGGUCCGUCGGGUCCCAUGGGCCCCGAGGGCAAACAGGGCAUUCCGGGCAAACAGGGAGAAAGAGGCUACAAGGGCGAGAAGGGUGACAAUGGCAUAAAAGGUGACAAAGGCCCCACUGGAGAACCGGGAAUCCCUGGAAUUCCAGGACCUCCAGGGAGGAAGGGUCACACAGGCAUGAUGGGAAUGUCUGGGCCUCCUGGAGAAUUGGGAUCCUCUGGACCCCCAGGACCUCCUGGCCAGCCUGGUCUUCCAGGACAGAGGGGAGAAACUCCAUCUAUGGAAUCCAUACGCAGAUUAAUUCAAGAGGAACUUGCCAAAGAAUUACAAGCUAAGAUGGCUUACCUCAUGGCCCAAUUUCAGCCGACACACAUAAAAAGCUCAGCUGGGCGUCCUGGUCCACCUGGACCACCAGGAAAAGAAGGACAGCCUGGACGACAAGGUCUACCUGGAGAGCCUGGUAUGCCUGGCCAAAAUGGAGCAGAAGGACCUCGAGGUCCAUCAGGUCCUAAAGGUGAAAGAGGUGCCAGAGGGGAGAAGGGAGAAAAUGGUGUUGGACAGAGAGGAGAGCCUGGUUCACCUGGUCCCAUGGGCCCAGCAGGAAUGCCUGGAGAUGGAAAAGAUGGCCUUCCAGGAGCAACUGGAUCUCAGGGUGAGCCUGGACAUGUAGGUCCUCAUGGACAACCUGGCCCACCAGGACCUCCGGGGCAGUGUGACCCAUCUCAGUGUGCCUACUAUGCCAGCCUGGCAUCACGACCUCACACGAAAAACAUCAAGGGAACCUAAACCUACACUCGCCACGUGCCGGGGACUAUUUAUGAACUUAUAAGAACCUAAAGCUUUUCCUGACACGAUCCGUGGAGCUUCGGUUGGGGGGGAAGAUGAGACAUUUCUACUUUUUAGGGAGUGUGUUUUAUGGGUGUGUGUCCUGCUGGUCAGAUAUUAUGGCUAAUUUGUUCGCUUGGUGAGAAUGGGAAGGGUUUGUACUGUAAGCUACGAAGGUGAGUAAUUUAAAAUGUAGCUGGUUUUUUUUGUUUGUUUGUUUGUUUUAGAUCAGGGCAUUUCUCUCUGUUCAGAAGAUACAUCAUCCUGUGUGGUUUUUUUUUUUUAUGCAUCCUGCAAAGUCUUUAGGUGGAGAGUCUCUACUAAUACCAGACAGAUAGACUGAGGGUGAUAAAUUAGACUCAGUUCUUCAAUCGGUGUGUGCAGAAUUGAUCCGUCGUUAAGAAGGUCUUUUUUUCUGGAGCCUGUGUGUGGGGCAAUUAUCGAACUAGGAUAUUUAUCUUGUGGAAUUGUAUCGAUUUGUGCCGGUCAGAAGUGUAUCAGAGGAAGAAAAACACAGAAUAUAAUUUUUGCACGUUGCCACUCCGAUCGUUAGCGAGUCGCUACGAGACGAUCGUGCUUCAAUCAUUUUUUUUUUUAAAUAUUAUUUUCAAAUCCACUUUUCAGGUGGGACAAAAUUUUUCACUUCUAAUCUGUUCUCUAGAGGAGCUUAAGAGGUUUUCUGUUUUUUUUUUUUUUAUACACUAUCGUGACUAACAUAGUCGUGCAGCCGUUUAUGGUGACUUUUGUAUUAGGUUUAUUAAAGGAUGUAUUUCAUGGCA